UAUCGAUUGUAGGUAACCGAACGCCAGGAGCAAACACCAGCACCACAAAUGCAAGAUGAAUUCGGACCAAACAAUGCAGAUGCCAUCUGGGCCGCCGCCUGCGUCGCAGAGAGUUACAUGCGGCGACUACAGCGGGGAGAGAGACAGCUAUGGGGCAGCGGGGAGUCUGGGCUAUGGCGGCAUCCCGCCUACGUCGACCAGCAGUUACGGUUCUUUUGGCGUACUCUCCAACUUAUCCAGCGUCGGGGCCGGCACGCCGACAUUGCCGCUGCUGCUGUCCACGCCGCCUUCAACAAGCACAUUCAAGACGACGACGACAAUGAACCCGAUCCCAGCAUCGACAUCUUCAACUUCCCCUUUGAUCCAAACGCCCACCCCUUCCAAAUUAAUCCCAAUUACGAUGACGAACCCGACUACGACGCCGUCAACGCUGCUCUCGCAGCCUACGCAGCAGCCGACGCAGCAGCCAACGCCAACGACAACAAUGAUGCCCCUCUCCCUGACGACCAUGUCGCUGACGACGCCGGCCCAGCUGCAGACCCAGUUGCCGACGCAGCUGUUGCCGAUGCCAACGCUGGAGGACAUUGAAGUAGCAACACAACAGCAGCAACAGCAACAACAGCAGCAGCAGCAGCAACAGCAACAGCAACAGCAGCAGCAGCAGCCUCCGCCGCCGCCGGCAUCGCAACAGACGCAGCCAGCCGGCAUACUUAAAUACCCAACACCUUCGACCAUCGGCUAUGUGACCGAGCUGCUGCCACCGGCCACCGGGCCCAACCUGGCCAGCAGCGCCAGCAGCUCCAUUAACAGCAAUUGCGGCACACUCAAAAGCAAUGCCAAGCUGCUGCCCCUCCAGCUGGUGGCAAAUACGGCGCCGACACGCAAAGAGCCGCCAUCGACGGCGUCCGCUGGGCAGUCGCAGCAGCGCGCCCGACGCCAGGGCUGGUGCGCCUGCUUCGGCUCGGGGCCCAGCGCAUCGGAGGCCAAAGCGCCGCCCGGCUAUUCCACCAAAUCCAAGAAACGCAAACAAACGGCUCAAACGGUUUGGUCCGCUCUGCUCACCAAUUUGGGCAUCUGCAUGCUGCUGUUGGCCUACACAUUGCUCGGUAAGUCUAUGGGCCCCUGAAUUUCCCAAUCACAUCUGAGCUGAGCGAAAGACAGACUAGAAUUUUUGUUUAUCGUA